AUGUCAGACAUAGAACGCAGAAAGUCUCAUACGAUUCAAGAAGACUAUCCUUUACCGGUCGAUUUAGACGAGAUCAAUCGCUUGAAUGCACAGCACAAAGCCGUUACUCUUCUUUUCGAUGGAUUAUUGCCACCAGCUGCUCUCGCAAAGUUCGAGCUGAAUGGAGGGAUUGGAAAGGUCUUAGACAUAGGAUGUGGGACUGGUCAAUGGCUGAUCGAUUUGACCAACCAAUUCCCCAACAUUCAAGCUACAGGUGUCGAUCUUAGCCCGAUAUAUCCUUCCGUUUAUCCCUCACAAAUCACCUUUAUCAUUCGAAGUAUUCUACAACCCUUCCCAAACGACUGGAUGGGAACUUUCGAUUUGGUCCAUGCUAGAUUUCUCAUUACCGGGAUUCGCGAUUUUUGCUCACUACUCACUCGAUUGGGUAGCUUACUCAGACCUGGAGGAGUAUUGGUGAUUGUCGAACCAGAAAUGGAAUCCCGUUGUUUGGAUGGUAAGAUAGAAGACAAGUGUCCCUCAAUGGCUAGGUUCGGUGACAUAUCACGCGAGGCAAUGGAGAAAUUUGGGAUCGACAUGGAAGCAGCUGUACAGAUCCCAAUUUAUCUCUCGCAAGAUGGUCAGUUUGAGAAGGUCAACAAGGAGAUGAGAGAACUGCCCAUGAGUGAUUGGCCAGAGGAUGCGCGAUUAAAUCAAAUUGGAAAAGCUCAAUUACCAAACGCUUUAGCUAUGCCGGACACGAUACGAAAACUUGUCAUUGCGUCGGGGAUAAUAUCAGAAGCCGAUUUCGAGGAAUUGAAAAGGGGAUACCAAGGGGAAUUAAGACUGGGUAUAGGGAAAUUGGUAUUGCCUAUUUGGUCAAUAUGGGCGACAAAGGUGUAG